AUGGCGUUAUCUACCUGCUGUCGCAACGCUUUGGUCUCAGUGAGUGUUAUUAUUCUCCUCGGCGGUGGUGCUACCAUGUUCGUCUUUGGCAUAUUGUAUGCGUUCAUGGGUCGUAUCGAAAGCGACGACGAUCGCAAAGUAGCUGCGUCGAACAGAACAACAGGAAUCAUUCUUCUGGUCUUCGGAGUGGUGGCAAUCGUUGCCAGCAUAGUCAUUCUAUGCCGGUGUUGCUGCUGCCGCCGAAAUCGACAGAUUCAAGAGGAAGAUGAAGAAGAACGUAUGAAUGAAGGGACAACACCAAGGAGCACGGAGGCUACACUGCCUGCAGUCCCUCUUAAUGAUGGCAAGGUCUUAGUAUGA